AUGAAGUUCUUCAUCUUUACCUGCCUUGUGGCUGUUGCUGUGGCAAAGCAUAAGUAUAAGCAGGCCAAUGAUGUAUUCUUCCAAACAGCUCAGAAAAUUGUGCAGACUGAAGAACAGAAGGUCAACCUGAAUGAGCAGAAAAAAAUCAAGCAGUUUUCCCAGGACCUUUCUUGCGCCCAGUUUUGCACACCUGUUCCCCAACAGCAGAUCAAUUUGAACCAGUGGGCCCAGGGUAAGGCCAUCCGUAAUAUUCCCAACCAGGAAUCCAUCAGCAUUGCUGUGCAGAUCAAGAAUAACCAGUUUCAUCGGUUCACCAUCCCCCAGCUUCCCCAGGUUGUUCAUCAACAGCAGAUGCCUGUGACCUACUGGGAUAGGCCAUACACCUACCCACAUGCUCCCUAUGUGGUUUGA